GGAGGAAGAGAAGGAGGAAGAGGAGGAGGAGGAGGAGGAGGGGGAGGAAGAGGAGAAAGGCGCAGGGGUGGGAGCUGUUGCGGGAGCUGCCACAGCAAAAGUUCUCCCCCCUCCCCCCUUCCCCUCCUCUCACGGCCGCUAGGAAGGUUGGAGCCUCCGCCGCCUGCAGUCUGUGACCGCGCGAGUCGGCGCCCGCCCGCGGACAUAGGGGAGGAAUCAGCAGCUUGGAAAUUCAGCGAAGUGGUCUGGCGGGAUGGGCAUUUGCCUGGCAGAUUUUAUAGAGGAAUUGGAUGGCAUAAGUGAUUAAGGUGAUAUUGAGGGUUUCUGAAGCCUGAGAAAGGUAGAAACUCAACCAUGAUUUCUUUUUCAACUCUACAGCCUUCCCUUCCUUGAAGUCUUCAUUUUUACCUUAGUCUCAGGUAAAGGAAAGAAUAUUUUGAUUUCAGUAGUGAUUGGAAUUUAACUUAUUUGAUCUCUGAAAGUCAUGAUCAAGGAAAUGAUCUUUAUGUGAUUGGGAAAAAGGUAUUUAAGGCAGUUAUACUUAAGCAUGAACAUUGACGACAAACUGGAAGGAUUGUUUCUUAAAUGUGGCGGCAUAGACGAAAUGCAGUCUUCCAGGGCAAUGGUUGUAAUGGGUGGAGUGUCUGGCCAGUCUACUGUUUCUGGAGAACUGCAGGAGUCAGUACUUCAAGAUCGAAGUCUGCCUCACCAGGAAAUCCUUGCUGCAGAUGAAGUGUUACAAGAGAGUGAAAUGAGACAGCAGGACAUGAUAUCACAUGAUGAACUCAUGGUCCAUGAGGAGACGGUGAAAAAUGAUGAGGAACAGAUGGAAACACAUGAAAGACUUCCUCAAGGACUACAGUAUGCACUUAAUGUCCCUAUAAGUGUAAAGCAGGAAAUUACUUUUACUGAUGUAUCAGAGCAGCUGAUGAGAGACAAAAAACAAAUCAGAGAGCCAGUAGACUUACAGAAAAAGAAGAAGCGGAAACAGCGUUCUCCUGCAAAAAUCCUUACAAUAAAUGAGGAUGGAUCACUUGGUUUGAAAACCCCUAAAUCUCACGUUUGUGAGCACUGCAAUGCUGCCUUUAGAACGAACUAUCACUUACAGAGACAUGUCUUCAUUCAUACAGGCGAAAAACCAUUUCAAUGUAGUCAAUGUGACAUGCGUUUCAUACAGAAGUACCUGCUACAGAGGCACGAGAAGAUUCACACCGGUGAAAAACCAUUUCGCUGUGAUGAAUGUGGUAUGAGAUUCAUACAAAAGUAUCAUAUGGAAAGGCAUAAGAGAACUCAUAGUGGAGAAAAACCUUACCAGUGUGAAUACUGUUUACAGUAUUUUUCCAGAACAGAUCGUGUAUUGAAACAUAAACGUAUGUGCCAUGAAAAUCAUGACAAAAAAUUAAACAGAUGUGCCAUCAAAGGUGGCCUUCUGACAUCUGAGGAAGAUUCUGGCUUUUCUACAUCACCAAAAGAUAACUCACUGCCAAAAAAGAAAAGGCAGAAAGCUGAAAAGAAAUCAUCUGGAAUGGACAAAGAGAGUUCUUUGGAAAAGUCUGACCUGAAGAAAGACAAAAAUGAUUACUUGCCUCUUUAUUCUUCAAGUACUAAAGUAAAAGAUGAAUAUAUGGUAGCAGAAUAUGCUGUUGAAAUGCCACAUUCUUCAGUUGGAGGAUCUCAUCUAGAAGAUGCAUCAGGAGAAAUACACCCACCGAAGUUGGUCCUCAAAAAAAUUAAUAGUAAGAGAAGUCUGAAACAGCCACUGGAGCAAAAUCAAACCAUUUCACCUUUAUCUACAUAUGAAGAGAGCAAAGUUUCAAAGUAUGCAUUUGAGCUUGUGGAUAAACAAGCUUUACUGGACUCAGAAGGCAAUGCUGACAUUGAUCAGGUUGAUAACUUGCAAGAGGGGCCCAGUAAACCUGUACACAGUAGUACUAAUUAUGAUGACGCCAUGCAGUUUCUGAAGAAGAAGCGGUAUCUUCAAGCAGCAAGUAACAACAGCAGAGAGUACGCACUGAAUGUGGGUACCAUAGCUUCCCAGCCUUCUGUAACACAAGCAGCUGUGGCAAGUGUUAUUGAUGAAAGCACCACAGCAUCCAUACUAGAUUCACAGGCACUGAAUGUGGAGAUUAAGAGUAAUCAUGACAAAAAUGUUAUUCCAGAUGAGGUACUGCAGACUCUGUUGGAUCAUUAUUCUCAUAAAGCUAAUGGACAGCACGAGAUUUCCUUCAGUGUUGCAGACACUGAAGUGACGUCUAGCAUAUCAAUAAAUUCUUCAGAAGUACCCGAGGUCACCCCAUCAGAGAAUGUUGGAUCAAGCUCCCAAGCAUCCUCGUCAGAUAAAGCCAACAUGUUGCAAGAAUACUCAAAGUUUCUGCAACAGGCUUUGGACAGAACUAGCCAAAAUGAUGCCUAUUUGAAUAGCCCGAGCCUUAACUUUGUGACUGAUAACCAGACCCUUCCAAAUCAGCCAGCAUUCUCUUCCAUAGACAAACAAGUCUAUGCAGCCAUGCCUCUCAAUAACUUUCGAUCAGGAAUGAAUUCUCCACUAAGAACAACUCCAGAUAAGUCCCACUUUGGACUAAUAGUUGGUGAUUCACAGCACUCAUUUCCCUUUUCAGGUGAUGAGACAAACCAUGCUUCUGCCACAUCCACACAGGACUUUUUGGAUCAAGUGACUUCUCAGAAGAAAGCUGAGGCUCAGCCUGUCCACCAAGCUUACCAAAUGAGCUCGUUUGAACAGCCCUUCCGUGCUCCAUAUCAUGGAUCUAGAGCUGGAAUAGCUACUCAGUUUAGCACUGCCAAUGGACAGGUGAACCUGCGGGGACCAGGGACAAGUGCUGAAUUUUCAGAAUUUCCCUUGGUGAAUGUAAAUGAUAACAGAGCUGGGAUGACAUCUUCACCAGAUGCCACAACUGGCCAGACUUUUGGCAAAAAAAAAAAAAAAAAAGUGUAAAUAAUACUGGCACUUUAGAACAGAUUAAUCAAGAGUGGGGUUACUCUGUGUAAAAUGGAGUGCUGUACAGAUUUAAGAGCAAUGCGUUCUAACAAGUUAAGCUGAUACGAAUAGCAAGAUAAUCCAAUAACUGCAUUUUAUUUGGUUAGUCAGCAUUCUUUGAACUGCCUUACAUGUUGUCACCUUUCUAGAAGCAAUGCAUUACUUGUUUUAGAUCAGAAACUUGCUAUUCCACCUACACAAGUUAAAAAGGAAAAAAAAAAAGACUCGCACAAUUGUUUCCUAACUGAUAACAUUGUACAUUCUUAGGAGAUUAGUAAUCGUGUGAAAUUUACUCAUACUGUUUCUAAGUUUUUCAGCAUAGUCAUUGCACUUCAGCAGGGAAUCUGAUUAUACUUUACAGAGUGAAUUUAAAAGUUUAAAUGUCAAGAGAUUAUGGCUUAAAUUAGUUUGUCCUAUAGGGGGAAAAAGAAACCAAGAAACCACCUUCUAAAAAGAAUGGUAUGCCAUAUACCCUUGAUUUUCGUUUUGCAUUAUAUUGACAUGUGUUUUUUUGAAGAAAAAAAGUAAUAAAAAUCUGAUAGUCUAAGACUCCACUAUUUAAAAGCCUAAUUACUUUUAAAAUAUGCAUACUUUCAAAACCUUUACCAAAAUAUACAACUGUCAAAGCAGUCUCUGUGGAAGUAUGCGUAUUGGUGUCAGUUUCUUUGUACAGUUGUUCCUAGAUAUUUUUUAUGAUUUUUCAUGUGCAAGUAACAAGGUUUUGAAGUUUUAGUAAAAAAUAUUCUGUAGAUUACAUUCCCAAGAACAUAAUGCUUACACAAAAUGUAUAUUCCACGUUUUAAAGCUUAAUUGUAUUUUACUUUUACAUAUACACUUCAGUUAACAUAGAGCACUUAGAAUCUAUGUGGUAUUUUUGAUUUCUCAAAGUUAAAAAAGUUUAGAUUUUUAGGUUUGAUAUGGUUGUGUCAUAAUCAUCUCAUAAUUGACAAUUUUAAUUUUUGGCAAUAAAAAGAAAUUGAGGUAUCUUUGAAACUGUACAACCUGGUUUAAUCCUCUUUCUAGACUCUUGAUAGAUCGGAUAAUUAGUGUUCAGAAAAACUAAAGAAAUGGGCAUUUUAAUUGCUUAUUUUAUCUUGAGUUACUCUUUAAUGAACAUUGCUCAUUACAAUUUUAUAAACCAAAAGUGUUUACUAAUUCCAGUAACUACAAUUUCUUUUCAGCUAGAUAAGUAAAUCGGAAAAAUUUUGUUGCAUUUCAAAUUCUAAAUAAACUACAGACUUUAUCCUUAUACCACGAAUGGUUUUUUUAAUACUUUGUCUUAAAAUAAUACAGCAUGGUACAAUAAAUAGUGCUUUUAUAUAUAUGCUUUUCUGAAGAAUGAUGGUUUGAGUUACACAUUGAACAGUUUAAUUUUUUGAAGAAUAACAUUAGUUACAUUGAUUCUUUAUCUCUUUAAUUUGUUUCAAUUUCUUUGGUUUUUGUAAUUUAAAUUUUCAUCAUCUUUGUCACAAUGCACAUACUGAUAAAGCACCAGUGAAAAUUAAAAUCAAUAUCCUUGGAAGAUGAAACUUUACUUUGUUCAUUUCCAUUUUAAUUUUAUUGGCCCUGUAAAUCUGCAUUCUUUGUUUCAGUGUAGAAUAUAUUAUGCAUUUAAAUUAUUUUUCUUUUAUUUAAUUUUGUCCCGAGACUGUUCUCGUAAAGAAAGGGAACAAAGAAAUAUCCCCCCAACAUCCUUCAUUUAUGUUCAUUUAUUUUGAAUAUAUUUGUAUUUUAUGGUAUGGAGUAUAAAUUAUGUUUAGUGUGGUUUCCUCUACACUAUGGUCAUUAAGCUUUGCUUGAAAUACUAGUUUUCCCAUUUGACAGCUUUCUUUGCUGCCAAAGUUUUCAAGAAUUUUACACUUCUUUGAAGUAAAUAUUUAAGUUCUGCCAUUACUGAUCUUAAGAUUGGUAUGUGUUGUGUUGUAUAUCACACGGUUGCAAGAGGAAUUCAUUCAAGUGAGAUUUUUAAAAAAUGGAACCGUGCUCACCCUAGAUAGGCACUUGUAUUUUUCUCAACGUGCUUUGGUGAGAGUAGGCAUAUAUUUCCUGAGUUGAUUUUUUUUAAAGCCUGAUCAAAAAUUUUGUUCCAUUAAGAACUUAUGCAGUUCUUAGUACAAUGUAAAGUUUUUUGUUUAACAUCACCAGCACAGUUUAAUACUAUGGUUAUUGCUGAGCAGUUUGGGUAAGCUUAGGGAAAAAGGCCUUUGGAAAUGGUAGUUAUGGAAGCAGAAUUUCAGGUGUUGUGUUCCUGUCUUCAACACAUUUCUUCACAUCUACACAAUGGCAGACUUUUCUACCAGGUUAUGAGCAUUUUUGAGAUAACUGAUACUUAGCCAGCAUAACUUACUGACUUACCAUUUACAUAUAGUCAUCACUCUUACUGUGAAAUUCUAAAUGCCUACCAGACUUACCUUGUAUUAUCAUCACAUGAUGAACAUCUCAACAGUUUGGGUUUCCCCAUUUUGGUUCAGAGAGUUGUUUAAUUUCUAUCUGGGCAUUAGUAGAGAAAAUAAGUAGCCUUGUAUGCUGCUUUAGAUUGAAACAUGAAGGAUAUGAGAUAUCCUUUGCAAUCCAUGUUUCUUGUUUCUCUUAGUAAGCAAAUUGUUCUAUAAAAACCUAGUCUUAACGCCCGUAUAGUUUCCAUCAAUGCAAGCGAAGUGUGCUUUUCCCCAUAGGUCCCUACUUGCAUGUUUGAGGAUUGGAAACAUCAUAUUAAAUGAGGUAGUGUCUCUUAACCAUCUUUCUGAAAGUGUUUUUAACUUAAAUUCUUAUUGUACAUAUAUUUCAUUUGGUUUGAAAUAUUUGAGUGGCUCCUAAAUUUUUUGGAUCUACAUGCAAAUGUGCUACCUGAUAAGGUAGGAGUCCAUCUUUUUAGCUCUGGCUAGGAUGCCAGCAAUCAGGUCAUUUUAUCUCUUGGGAGGUAGAAAAGGCCUUGUGCUCAGGGCAGGCUUUCAUUUCCACAGAUGAGAGACACUUGCAAAGUGCCAGCAAGGUUAGAUCUUUCGCCACUUCUUUCAUAUUGUUAAUUUGGGUUUCUAAAGGGCUGUUUCAAAAAAAAAUAAGCCAGGGAACUUUAAAAGUAGGCAGUGCUGUAGUACUACAUUUCUUAGAACAUUUUAAACUAGCACUCAUUUUUUUCAGUCUAUUUACUUGAAGAAGCACUAUUAUAAUCAAAGAAAAUUUUUGAGUGGGCAAUUUAACUUAAAGGUUUUCCGUUUCAAAUUGCUUUAUUUCAGGGAAAUAAUUUUCCAGUUGUUUUUGCUAUAUUCUGCAAAUAAAAACUGUUUCCUUUUUCACUUAAACUUUGGUAGGAAACAAACUAAAGCAGACAAACAUUUCCUGUUAUGUUUGUUGCUUUCUUUAAUCCAAUGGAUAAAAAAGUAAAACCCUGUAAACAUUAUUUUAUUUUUUUAUGCAAUACCAUGCUGUAAAUAUGGUUCAAGUAAGGAUGUACCUAUGAUUGAAUCUUUAAUUCUGCACAGUUAGAGUUUAUAUAUAAACGUGUCUUGACAAUCAAGGACUUUCAUGCGAGUCUUCCUUUAUGAUGUUUAUUAUUGUUAUGCAUUCCAUUUGUUUUGAAGUGAGUACCAUUGUGCUAAUUUGUAUUGUCUGAAAGUAUGUAAUGUUUUUACAGCUUGUUUUUAAGAAUCUGUAAAUAUGUACAAACCACAGUACUGCUUUAUGUUAGAAGGCAUAUGAUGUUGUACUGUAAGCAAUAAUACACAGCAGUGCUAACUUUACAAGUAGCAUCAGGAACGUUCUAAAAACAUUUCAGAGUUGUUAAUUAUCCUUAUUUCAUUUAAUAAUGAUUAUCUUUAAUCAGUUUUUAUAAGCAGAUUCCAUUGUUCCUCCUGUUGGAACGUAACACUGUUUACACAGCAUAAUUGACGCUGCAGGGGGGACAGGCUAGAUCUGGCUUAUCUGCGCUCACUCUCACUAAGCAUUGAAUGGCCUUACCACUCUUCUGCAAGAUGGAGGAAGACCGCACACAUAGUGCCCAUCACACUGAAGGAAGGGAUGUGGGUUUUUUCCUGCUUCUGUACUGCUACCUAACUUUGUGGUUUGCUUUGGAUUUUAAUAUUUGUUUCUGUUUUAGAUUCAAGCCCGUAAGUUUUGAGGUGAAUUCAGCUCCAUUGUGAAAUAGAUAGUUCUCUUCAUAUUUCAUAGCUACAUUUCAAUAAUUCUAGACUUUCUACUUUGGUUUUUAGAUACUUAUUUUUCAAGCUUGAUUUCUCAGCUGAUCAGAUGAGUUUAUUCAACUUCAAUACAAAGAAAAACAAAAUUGUAGUUUGAAGUGAGUAAUAUACUGUACAGAACAGCUAUUUGAACACACACAUCACUGCUUUAGAGAUAAAACCGCCAAUUUAUAAAUGUAUAUGACUUACAUUUUAUAGGAGAAAUGUUUUUAAAAUGCUAGUCAUUUAUAUAAUGUGCUUUGAAGGAUUUGCUAGUCCACUUCUGUCACUUUUUAGUACACUGGUAUCUUUUAUAUGUAAUGUAUGCUUUUUAUUAUUGUAGCAAAGCAUUUCAGUAGAAAGAAUUUUGCAAAAAUAUGGGGGAAAUUUUUCAUUGUUGGAUUUGAAUUAUACUGGAUUUUAUCUGUGUAGUCUUACUUGUCUUUAUUUUAAUGCUGUUUGGAAGGGAACUUGGUAUCCAAAUAAAGCAGGUAACCUCAUUUUACUUCAAGGGCAUACUGUGUAGUGCUGAAUUUAAUCUGGAAAUCAGAUGAUUUUGAAAAGAAAAACAAGUUUAUAAAAAUUGUACAGGAGAAAUUAAAUGUGUGAUGGAAAUCCUGAUGAUGGAGAACGUUGAAUUUUCUGAUACAUAGUAUUAUUUUCUUGGGAUCCCCUAUGACUUCUUUGUAUUUCAGCUAAUAAAAGAAAAACUCUGCCAUUGAAACUGGUAGGCUAAUAGGAUGUUCAGAUUAUACAGUAUUACUUUUCCUAUCCCAUUUUUGACCCUUUCUCAAUCACUGUAAAUUUUUAUUUUCUAUUUCCUAUUGAUAAUUAAAUAUGUACAUAAUAUAGAUACUGUUGUAUAGAACUGAAUGAAUUGGGUUGCUGUGCUUGAAUGGGUAGCUAACUGAAAAUACUUCACGAAUACUGAGAAUUCAUAAAAUGCCAGAGCAAAUUGUUGAGAGGAAAGAGGGCACCGUGUGUCCUGGGAAGGUCACAGCAGAUUGUGUCAGCAAUUCCAUAGAGUAAAGUAGAGGAAUCAGCUGUAAACCCAGUAUUGGACACAAACUGGGUCUUCACUUCCCUUCCUUCCCCAGAAAGAUAGCACUAAAUUUCAAAAUCUACUCAGGUGAAAAGUGCUUUGCAAUGAUAUAUCACGUUGAAAUUUUCACUGUUAAGAGAUUUGUGAUUUUUUAAAUACAAACUUUUAAAUCAAUAGCCUGACAGUUGAAAUUUAGUAAAUCAGUGUAUUCGGAUAUAUUUUGCCCUCCAUGUAGAAUUGUUUUUAAAUAAGUGGGAGGAUUUUUUGUUUGUUUAAAUACAUUUUUAUUGUCAUUGUAAAAAUAAUUUUUGCUUGACCCCAUAUUAUUGGCAUGAUUGAAUUGCUGAGCCUUUAUAAUACAACAAACACUUGUGUCAUCACAGUCGUGGAAUAUAGAGGUGUUUUCAAAGCCGACCUGUUCUCUAAGAAGUUUGAUGAGUUUCACGACUUUUGGCACUAUUGUCCUUAGUUAACUUUGCCAUUUGAAGUUUAUAAUACCAUUUUAUGUAUUGUGAUACUAAAGGAAAUUGUUUUGCUUUAUUUUAAAUUGAAUUAUUAGACUAACUUAUAUUUGCAAAUUCUGCAUUUUAAAUGUGGACACUGGCUGUUUGAAAAAUAAAAUACAGAAAUCAGUUUUACAAAUAAUUUUCUAGAUGAAUUUUUCAUAAUACUUUGAGCCAAAUAACUAAUGGUAAAUAUGCAAAAAUUGUGGUACAUAGAUAAGAAAAUAGGAUGUCUGUAUGGAGUUAGCAGUUACACAAAUUGAGUAAUAAUUAUCAGGGCCUUUAUUGUAGCUUUGUGUGGAAUAUUAUUUAUUAGACAGUUCUAAAAUGCAAGAGUCAAGUGUUACUGUCAUGGAAUAUUUAGGCUGGAAAUAUUUUUAAACAUGAAAAUAAGAAUAUAUGUAUUUUUUCUUUAUAGAUAAGAUUUUAUCAAUGCACUGGCAAUAGUGUACAUGGGAUUUUUUUUCCCCUUUCAUUAGUGUAGGUAGCUUUGUUUCAUCCAUCUACCACUCUGCCAGUACCUUAUCUUGUGACAAGACGCAUUGUGAGAAAGCUGUCUGUAGCCAACAGUCCAGCCUGGGUCCAUGGAAAAUUAAACUAACUGGCCCUUGCGGGGAUCAGUCCUCGGGCCCAGGUUUCUUAGCAUGGCAACGCCGUAACCAAAUGUACGUGGUGAUGCUACUGACAGUCUACUAGCUUAUUUCCUCCAUCCCAGUUCCUGACUGAUUCAAAUGGGUGGGGAGAUACACUCUACAUGACACUUCUCCCUGCCUCUGAAGAUGAUAUAAAAAAAAUAAAAUUGAAGUCACUUGAA